GUUUUAGAUAGACGUGACGCUAUUGUUCAUUACGGUGAUAUACGAACUUACUAAUCUAGUAUUAAAGACACAAUAAUUUUAGUUUUAUUCAUGAAUAUCCGAAAUGGGACAAAAGAAAACCAAACCAAAAGAGCCAGUGGAGCCAGUAGAUCCAGAACAACCUGAACCGCCGCCUCCCCCUGCUUCCCGUUCCGAAAUAUAUUGGAAUUUUACGAAAACAUAUUGGAAAGCUCUAUUCAGUGUAAUUUGGCCUAUAAUAUGGUGUCCGGUAUUGUUUUUAAAUUUUCAUGACAAAGCUUAUCGAUGUUUGUAUUUGGUACUUGUAAUGGCAGGUUAUUGGGUUACUGAAUGUAUACCAUUAGCAAUAUCGUCCACAUUGCCUAUUGUCUAUUUGCCAGCGAUGAGCAUUGUACCGACAGCUAUAGUAACCAAAGAAUAUAUGAACAAAACGAAUGUAAUGUUUAUUGGUGGUAUUAUGGUUGCUUUGGCUGUUGAGCAUAGCAGAUUACAUUAUCGUAUUGCACUAGGUUUCAUUCUUCUUAUUGGAUGUAGCCCCAGAAGAUUACAUUUUGGUAUAAUGACGAUUACAAUGUUUAUUUCCUGGUGGAUGUCAAAUACAGCUGCUACAGCAAUGAUGUGUCCAAUUAUCAAAGCGGUUUUAGAAGAAUUAGAAAAGCAAGGUAUGGGCUCAUUGUAUAAACCACUAUCUGAAGAAGAGCAACAAUUACCAGAAGCGGAAAAACAAGCAAAACGAGUUCCGACUGAUUCUACACUGGCGUACUUUCUAGCAGCAGCAUAUUCAUCUACAAUUGGAGGAUGUGCCACCAUAGUAGGAACUGGAACAAAUUUAACAUACGUUGGGUUAUUUGAAGGACAUGAAGAGGAUUUAAAAGAAAAGGUCAAAAAUGACACCUCCAGCUAUUGGUAUGAUUACAAGCCAAAAGGUGUUAACUUCGCUUUAUGGAUCGCUUUCAAUGGUCCCAUAAUGUUUAUAAUAAAUUGUUUAACAUUUCUCAUAUUAGAAAUGAUGUACCUCGGUCUAUUCAGAAAAAACUCGGAAGGAUAUAAAAUGGUACAAAAAGGUAAAGAGUUAAAAAGUACCGCCAGAACAAUAUUAAAACAGAAGUAUAAUGAUUUGGGAACAAUAACAUGGCAUGAAUCAUGGGUAUUGUUUUUUUUUCUAUUGUGUAUUAUUUUAUGGUUUUUUCUUGAGCCUGGAUUUAUGCCCGGUUAUGGAAAAGCAAUUUCCAGCGUGAAAAUAAACGAUGGAAGUGUGGCUUUUUUUAUUAUAAUAUUAAUGUUUCUUGUUCCUGCAAAACCAACGUUUUUGAAAGCAUGUACAAGUGAUCGAACAAAGUGGCCACAAAAAAGUGAACCUCUAAUUACUUGGAAAUUAUUGCAUCAAAAGACGCCAUGGGGACUUAUGUUUCUUCUGGGAGGUGGUUUUGCCCUUGCAUUAGGAUCAAAGCAGUCUGGCAUGAAUGAUAUGAUUGGCGAUUGGUUAAGUGUGAUGAAAGUAUUACCCGAUUGGGUAAUAAUGGGAACAAUUGCAACAAUUGCUUCAUUUAUGACAGAACUAUCAGCUAAUGUUGCCAUCUGUAAUAUUGUAGUUCCCAUAUGCCUAAGUUUGUCUGAAAAUUUGAAAAUAGAUCCACAAUUUUUAGCUUUGCCAACUGCAAUAGCUUGUUCGUUUUCCUUUAUGUUACCAGUAGGAACGCCACCAAAUGCUGUUGCUGCAGGAUUCGUGAAUAUUCCAACACCCCAGAUGGCAAAGUGUGGUAUCAUUGUAAGUGUUAUGGCAAUGUUUGUUUACAUUCUUGCAGUAAUGACUUAUGGUAAAUUAAUAUACAAAUGGUAAAUUUCGGAUAUUUUUGGACAGGAAAUCAAGGUAAAUUAA